GCGCCCCCUUCAUCCAUGCAGAAAUCAAGUAUAUCUUGCUUUUUUAGGAGAUCGGUUUCCACACACACGUCAUCUUUGAGUUUGUGUCAAGUGCACACUGUGGUUCUCGCUACUCAUGCGGUACACGCUAUAAAAGGUUUAUUUUCCGUGUUAAUCGGAGUUUGAUAAGAGUCGCGACACAAGACAAGCAAAAAGAUUCUGUGGCUCUCGGUUUCUGCGACGACUGGACAACCAUAGACAGGGAGAACAGCAUACAGCUUAUGUUCUGUCUCGUCUCUUCUCGUGUGAACUGAAAAAUCAUUUGUCGCUGGAAUCUUAUCACGUCGCGUCUGGUUAGGACACGGUGUAAAGACUUCACAAAAUGUCUGGAGAAGACAAUUACACAGACUAUGAUACUAUCAUUGCAGAAAUUGAAAGCAGGGAGAAUGCAACCAAGCAGUACCAACAUGUGAUCAGGAUGAUUUACUUGAUUACAUAUUCUGUUGUCUUGAUCCUCGGUGUCACCCUCAACUUCAUCGUCAUUAUCAUCAGCUGCCUGAAAAACAAGAAAUCGCCAACGGUUUACUCUUGGAUUACGGCGUUGGCUUUAACACACUUAGUCUCCAGUGCAUUUAUUGUUUAUCAGCUCCUGUAUGCUUACAAUAACUUUGAUUGGAAUUAUGGAAACGCAAGCUGCAAGCUGUCAUCCUAUAUCACCUAUGGCAGUAUGUUCUCCACAGCAGCCAUGCUGAGUCUCUGGAGCAUUAGUUCUGUUAUUUUAAAAAUUGACUGCUUGAAUCUUUGCAAGAACUGUAACAUCAUUCUGAUUUCAUUAUCCUGGGCUAUUGCAGCAAUCUUGGCAUGUCCUUCACUGUAUUCCAGAGAGGUCCGAUAUUCUCAGUGCAUUGAUGAUUAUGACACGGACGAAUUGAAAACUACUCAAGAGGGCAUUGCCAGGCUGAAGGCAGUCGUUAUCAUGAGAUUUCUCAUUGGGCUUCUUGCGCCAGCUUUGGUAAUGUUUCUCAGCUGUUUGACAUCAGCUCAUAGAAACUGUAAAGACUGCAAGGAGCAGGCACAGAUCAUCUGUGCUAUAAAAAUUGCCUUUUUUGUGUUCUGGGGCCCUCAGAUCUUCUUAACCAUGCUUCAAGCCACUGUUACCAACAGCCUGGAUCCAAUUUUGUUGAAAUAUGGACUUCCAGUAGCUACUGCACUAGCCACAGCCCACUCUUUAAUCAGCCCGGUCAUCUAUUUCUUAUUCGGAUUUAGUUUUAAAAUGAAGUGGAUGGAACAUGACUCAGAUAAGUGCGAAACUGUGCUUGAUCGAGGGAGACCACUGUUGCCUUGCACCAAUAGCCCCAAAUAAGCCAGGACUGUCUGUGUGGAGUUUCUCAGAGGUGAAUUGGAGACACAAACUUGUCUGUGUAGUGAAUGAGAAAGAGUGUUCUCCUGUGAUGGAAUGGUCAUCUAGCAGUGUUUUCUCCACCCUUGGACCAAAAUCCCUGCGACCCUACUGAGGAUAAGCAGUUUGAAGAAUGGAUCGCUGACUUUCUGUUGUAGCAAUUCUAAAAUACAUCAGCAAGGACUGUUAAAUAUACACCAUGUCCACAAAAUGCAUGCCAGCUAUUUCUCAAUUCAAGUGAAACAUUUAUUUUAACUCCUAAUCCAAACUCUGAAAAUUUAUUAUCAUGAAAAAUGGCUCUGUAUGUUCCAAAUUAAUGCUUGCUUAAUGCAUCGCAUGUAGGGCAUGCUACAGAAACACUUAUCCACUAUCUACUGUAUAUAUACUGUGUAUUCUGUAUAUGAAUAUCAACCUUAUAGAGGACCAUUUGAAGCUGUUUUUUAUUGAUGGUGUGUCACAAUAGUGUUGCUGUUUUGUCAUAAUACUGUAAUGUUUAGUUUAUUAUAGAUAUAAGAAUUUGUAAGUAUAUACUUGUAGUCUAUAUAUGAUUGCAAUGUGAAGAAUAGGCUUUAUUACAAAUGAAUGUAUUUUCAUGUUAUGUGUUUGUUCAAACACUACAACCAGGAAGUAUGACAACAUUAGCCAGGUUCUAUCAGCACUUCCCUGUUAAACAUUGUACACAUUUUUUAAAUCUUGCUUAUUGGUUAUGAAGCCCUGAAUGGUUUAGGUCCUCAGUACUUGGGUGAGCUCUUAGCUCAUUAUAUUCAUUCACGUUCACUGUGAUCUAAAAAAAUCUGGCAAUUCAAUAUCUAGAAUCUGAAAAUCAAGUCUUAAAUAAAAACUUUUUCCUAUUUCUGUA